AUGUUUCAGAAAGUUCAUACUAAGUUGAAACCGUGGAUGACACAGGGACUAAUAAAUUCCAUAAGACAUAGAGAUAGGUUGAAGGAAAGAUAUUUGAAGAAGGUAACUGCUGAGUCAUGGACAGAGUAUACCAAAUAUCGUAAUUUUUUGAACAGUCUUAUAAAAGUUACAAAAAAUAAAUUUUAUGGGGACAAAAUUAAACAAGCGGACAAUAAUCAUAGGAAAAUUUGGCAACAGAUAAAUGAGGUAACGAAUACGGCGCUCGGGAGGGUUGAGAGUAAUAAAUACCGUGUUAUUGAUGAGAGGGGAGAAAAUAUAAAUAGUGAUGGAGAAAAAGCAGAAUACUUCAAUAAAUUUUUUGCUAAUGUUGGCGAAACUAUGGCUAAUAAAAUAAAUACAACAAAUAUGUCUGAGAUUCCCCUCAGGAACUCAAGGGUUCGAGGUUCACUGUUUCUUUAUCCUGUACAGUGCAAUGAAUUGAUAGAAAUUAUUUCAAUAUUGAAGAAUAAGGCUGUUACAGGUAUUGAUGGUAUAUCAGUUGAAAUUAUAAAAGAAUUUCAUCAGUUUUUCUUGGCCCCCUUAUGCCACAUAGUGAAUAUGUGUUUCAUGAACGGAUGUGUCCCGGAUUCUGUUAAGCAAUCGGUAACCGUACCAGUAUUCAAGAGUGGUGAUAGAAGACUGGUAACUAACUAUAGGCCUAUUUAUGUUACUCGAAUAAUCGAUCGAUUUUCUCACAUACACAACAACCCCGUCAUUUUGAUUGAAAUGAGACUCAUUAUAUAA